GCUUCCUCUCUAUCUCUCGUGCAGACCCCUCCAUCUCUAUAUCUACUGAUCGUCCCUGCCUCUCUCCUCCCUCUGUUUGAUUUCUCUCUAAACCCUAAACCCUUUUGAUCUCUAUCUUCAAUCCAUUUGAGAAACCUGAAACCCUCGACUCCUUCAAAUCGUCUUUCUGUUGGAAAAAAUGAAGACGAAGCACAAACAAACCCUAAGACAAAGCAGAUGAAGCCAAAAUCCCUAAACCACACACAAAUUCUAAGAGGAGGCGGAUGAAGAAGACAAAGAAGAUGAACAAGACAAUCAUGAGAUUAUUGAAAUCGUCUGAAAUCCAUCAUGCAUCUUGCAAUCUAAAUAUUGAAUCUAAAUUGGGGCAAUCAGAUGAUAUGGAUGAUCGGGGAGCAAGUAGUAAGGAUGAUAUGAAAUUGAAUGUGGAGGAUGAUAUUAUGGACUUAGAUGACUUUUUCGAAAACCUAGUAGGAACAAGUAGUAAGGGUGAGAAGUCAGCAAAUGGAGACGCGCACAUGGGUUUAGAUGAUGAUGAUUUCAUGGAUCCAACAGCAAUACAAGAUUUGGGGGAAAUUUUUCUGAAGAAUUUUUGUAAGAAGGCAUCAGUGUCAUUUUUUGAGCAAUAUGGACUGAUCAGUCACCAAAUCAACUCUUACAAUGAUUUCAUAAAAAAUGGAGUCCAGAAUGUGUUUGAUUCCAUUGGUGAGAUUACAGUGGAGCCUGGGUACGAUCCAUCCAAGAAGGGGGAAAAUGAAUGGAAACAUGCUUCAGUAAAGUUUGGGAAGGUCACCCUUGAGCGUCCACAGUUUUGGACAGGUGAGAAGUUUUCAGCUGAUAGUGGUAAAGAGUUCAUGGAUUUGUUGCCCAGACAUGCUCGCCUUCAGAAUAUGACAUAUUCGUCCCGAAUGAAAGUUCAAAUUCACGUUCAGGUAUAUUCUCCAAAGCUCGUUAGAAGUGACAAAUUUAAAACUGGCAAAGAACAAUAUCUAGAUAAGGAAAUGUUAAGUGACGAUAACAGGGAUGUCCUUGUGGGCCGGAUCCCUGUAAUGCUCAAGUCUGAUUUGUGCUGGAUGAAUGGGGUUGAAAAAAGCGACUGUGACUUUGACCAUGGAGGCUAUUUCCUAGUCAAGGGUGCUGAGAAGACAUUCAUUGCACAGGAGCAAAUCUGCCUGAAAAGGCUUUGGGUGUCUAAUAAUCCAACUUGGGCUGUUUCAUACCGUCAUGUUUUAAGAAGGAAAAGAGUGUUUAUAAAACUAGUGGAUGCUUCUGAAGAUAAACAGAUUAGUGGCGGAGAAAAAGUCCUUUCAGUGUAUUUCUCUGGAACAGAGUUUCCAAUCUGGAUUUUGUUUUUUGCCCUCGGUGUAUCAUCCGACAGGGAAGUGGUUAAUUUGAUUGACUGUCAUACUGAAGAUUCCAGAAUUGUCAAUAUACUUGUUGCAUCAAUUCAUGAUGCCGACAAGUGUGCUGGCUUUCGUAGAGGAGGGAAAGCUCUUAGUCAUGUGGAGGCAGAUCUAAAACGUAGCAAUUUUCCACCUGGAGAAUCUAUUGAAGAGUUCUUCAGCAAUUAUUUGUUCCCCAAUCUUAGUGGCUUCAGGCGAAAGGCUCGUUUUCUUGGAUAUAUGGUCAACUGUCUGUUGCAGGCCUAUACUGGCCGCAGAAAAGUUGAUAACAGGGAUGAUUUUAGAAACAAGAGGUUGGAACUGGCAGGUGAGCUACUUGAACGAGAACUGAGAGUCCACAUUAAACAUGCUGAGAAGCGAAUGGUGAAGGCUCUGCAGAGAGAUCUUUAUGGAGAUCGUCAGCUGCAUCCGAUUGAACACUAUCUGGAUGCAUCAAUCAUCACCAAUGGUCUUUGUAGGGCGUUUACAACCGGAGCAUGGACACAUCCUUACAAGAGGAUGGAAAGGAUCUCUGGUGUAGUUGCAAUGCUUAGGCGAACGAAUCCAUUGCAGGCUAUAUCUGAUAUGAGGAAAACACGUCAGCAGGUUCAAUACACUGGGAAGGUUGGAGAUGCCAGAUACCCACACCCAUCACACUGGGGAAAGAUUUGCUUUCUGUCUACCCCAGAUGGUGAAAAUUGUGGGCUUGUAAAAAAUCUGGCCAUCACAGGACUCGUCAGCACAAAUGUUGAGGAACCUUUUCUUGACCAAUUGCUUGAUUGUGGGAUGGAGAGACUGGUAGAUGAUACCUCAACUUUGCUUUCUGGAAAGUACAAAGUUUUGGUGGAUGGGGAUUGGGUUGGAGUAUGUGAAGAUUCUAGUUGGUUUGUUGCACAGUUAAGGGCUAUGCGACGCAGGAAGGAAGUGCCACUCCAGGUUGAAAUCAAAAGAGAUGAGAAGCACAGAGAAGUGCGGAUAUUUUCUGAUCCUGGAAGGAUUUUACGUCCUCUUCUAGUUGUUGAUAACUUACGGAAGGUUAAAGCUCUGAAAGGGGGAAAUUACAGCUUUCAAACUCUCCUGGAUAAUGGAAUAAUUGAACUUAUUGGAACUGAAGAAGAAGAAGACUGCCGAACCGCUUGGGGAAUUAAAUACCUCUUGAUGGAAUCCGAGGGCAAGUCACCUGUCAAAUACACACACUGUGAACUUGACAUGUCUUUUUUAUUAGGUUUAAGCUGUGCAAUUAUCCCUUUUGCAAAUCAUGACCAUGCAAGGAGGGUCCUCUACCAGUCUGAGAAGCACUCUCAACAGGCUAUUGGGUUUUCCACAACAAACCCGAAUAUCAGAGUAGAUACCAAUACUCAUCAGCUUUACUACCCUCAAAGGCCACUUUUCCGGACAAUGCUUUCUGAUUCUCUUGGAAAACCAGGAUAUCCUCUCGGUCAUAAUGGAAUAGUGCCAAGGCCCGAGUACUUCAAUGGCCAAUGUGCUAUUGUGGCAGUUAAUGUUCACUUGGGGUACAACCAAGAGGAUUCCUUGGUAAUGAAUCGGUCUUCGUUAGAGCGUGGCAUGUUUCGAUCAGAACACAUAAGAAGCUACAAAGCUGAGGUCGAUAAUAAGGAAGCAUUAGGGAAGAAGCCCAAGUAUGAGGACACUGUUAACUUUGGAAAGAUGCAGAGCAAAAUUGGACGUGUUGACAGCCUUGAUGAUGAUGGUUUUCCAUUCAUUGGAGCAAAUCUCCAGAGUGGUGAUAUUGUCAUUGGCAAAUGUGCUGAAUCAGGGGUAGAUCACAGUAUAAAAUUGAAGCACACUGAAAGGGGCAUGGUUCAGAAAGUCGUGCUAUCUGCUAAUGAUGAUGGAAAAAACUUUGCUGUAGUAUCUUUGAGACAGGUUCGAAUGCCAUGUCUUGGUGACAAGUUUUCUAGCAUGCAUGGGCAGAAAGGUGUUUUGGGCUUUUUGGAAUCUCAAGAGAAUUUCCCUUUCACAAUUCAAGGGAUUGUCCCCGACAUUGUCAUAAACCCUCAUGCAUUUCCUUCACGUCAGACUCCUGGUCAAUUGCUAGAGGCUGCCUUGGGAAAGGGUAUUGCAUGUGGUGGCUCGCUACGAUAUGCCACCCCGUUUUCCACUGUUUCUGUUGAUGACAUAACGGAUCAGCUUCAUAGGGCUGGAUUUUCAAGAUGGGGGAAUGAGAGAGUGUACAACGGCCGAACAGGUGAGAUGAUUCACUCUCUUGUAUUUAUGGGCCCAACAUGCUACCAGCGUCUGACCCAUAUGUCCGAAGACAAAGUGAAAUUUCGCAACACUGGACCAGUGCAUCCGCUCACCAGACAGCCCGUGGCAGACAGGAAGCGCUUCGGAGGGAUCAAAUUUGGCGAGAUGGAGCGUGACUGCCUUAUAGCCCAUGGUGCAGCAGCCAAUCUCCAUGAACGACUCUUCACUCUCAGCGACUCCUCCCAAAUGCACAUCUGCCGGAAAUGCAAAAACAUCGCGAAUGUUAUUCAGCGGCCCGUGCCUGGCGGCCGCAAGAUUAGGGGACCCUAUUGCCGGUUUUGCGAGUCUGUGGAAGACAUUGUCAGGGUGAAUGUGCCCUACGGAGCGAAGUUGCUGUGUCAAGAGCUUUUCUCCAUGGGCAUAUCUUUGAAGUUUGAGACUGAAGUCUUUUGAGUUAUGGUUAGAACUCUGUUUAUCUGUUAAUGUUGGAGCAAAGACAUACAUCUAUUUCUAUUACCUAUAAUGAAAACGGCGAGGGUUAUGUUUUAUUUUCUCC